CAAUUCACAGCCCCUGCCUCAGAUCAACUCCAAGCCAUCACCAAGAACUGCGCCGCGCAAUUCAAACACUUACGCCUGGUACACAGAAACGCCGCUCCAGAUGAUCCACAAGUCGCAAAUAGUCUGGGCUUCUGACUCAGCGUUCUGGACCCCGAAUGAAACCGAUCAGCAACCUGUCCCAUACGACUCACCAGUCUACAAAGCCGGUGGCAAAGUUCAUCGUGUCACUAUCAGCGGAAGGUCAGACUCUGAGAGCUUCAAGGCGGAAGACUGCAUGGUUUGUUCCAAAUGUCCUGAUUGUGGAAGCAACGCCGUCCCCUUCGAAGGUGAAAAUGAAGGUACGCCCUUCGUACACACCGCCGAUACAAUCAGAACUGGCCGAGGAUUGACAUUCGAUCCAAUCCAGACCCCGAAAUUUGAUCGGCAGAAUUCAAAAUUCUCGGAUGCCAGUCUGCAUAAUGUGCUCUAUCACGACGGAUUACCGCGAAUCACUGCUUUGUGCAUUGUUCGGAAAUGCUACUGCUAUAGCGAGGCGCUUUUGAGGGGGAACUGGGAAGAGCAAGCUCGAGUUGGAUGAAGUGUGAAGACAAGUCGGAGAAAACGGUUGGAUAGAGCAAGAGCUUGGAUUGGAGACGCAUCAAAUGUCUAUGGCGGAUUGGCGGAUUCUAGCUGCGCAGGCGCAUCCAGCUUUUAGAUACCAAGUCGUGAAACGCACCUCCAUCACAUGGAAACACUCUUCCUACUAGCAACUCUUGACAGCACAGGUACCGCCGGCUUAACGCUGUUCAAAACGACCACUGCGAACAGACAAAUCGCAACCAAAGGCAAAACCCAAGGCGAGAAAGCAAAAUUCCCUCCCGCAUCCGUCAAAUCCAUAAUCGAAAGCAAACACAACGCGAGCCCAAGCAACCCACUCACAACCAACCGAAUCCAAUGCAUCCACGUCUUCUCCCUCUUACUCAACGCCGCAAGCAAACAGCAUAAAAUCACAACCAACCCCACCGUCGUGAAAAAGUACACAAACGUCAAAUCGAAAACUCCCGCGGCUCGAACCAGAGCAUCAGACGACUCAUCCGAAGCCUUUUCG